UCCUGCCCCUGCGCACGAGCCCCGUUUAUAUUAGGAGCCUGCUUCCGGUUCUUCCUUCUUUUCGGCAGCGGCUACUAACUCGCCAACAUGCCACUCGCAAAGGACCUGUUGCACCCAUCCCCCGAAGAAGAGAAGAGGAGGCACAAGAAGAAGCGCCUCGUGCAGAGCCCCAACUCCUACUUCAUGGAUGUUAAAUGUCCAGGAUGCUACAAGAUCACCACAGUGUUCAGCCAUGCGCAGACAGUGGUGCUCUGUGUGGGUUGCUCUACGGUGCUGUGCCAGCCCACUGGUGGGAAAGCCCGUCUUACAGAAGGUUGUUCAUUCCGGAGAAAGCAGCACUAGAGCCUUUGGCCCUGAGCGGCGGGGGGGCAGAGGUGGGGUUACAACAGCAGGAUUUCACUCUGGUCACCUGGCUGCAAGCUGCAAUUUGGAUGUGGAGUUUUGAACACCGGAGACGAGGCUUUUGAAUGAGCCCCUCCUAUGUACGGGGAAGAGCCUGACUACCCGGACUGGCUUGCUGUAACUCCUGCCUCUACCUGUCUUUCUCCCAAUAAAACAUUUCGCUAAAGGAUUGCA